AUGCCAAAUCGAGAAAGAAGAAAAGCUCCAAUCUAUUCACUCAUCAAGCAAUUGGGGAAAUCGAAGAAGAAAUGCCCCAAUCCUCCUGAUCCAACUUCUUCUCCAAGCCUUGGCUCAUCGCUAUUGAAGACCUCGAAGAUGGUGUAUUUGACGCGGUUCUCGAGGUUGAGGAGAAGUUCGAAGUUGCAGGGGUCGAUGUCUGCGUCAAUGGUGACGACAAAGAAGCCGAUGCAUGCGAGGAAGAGGCCGAAUUUGGAGGUGGUGUUGGUUGUGCUGAGGGCUCGAGUGGAUGCGGCGGCUAGGGUUUUCGUCGAUCUCCUGAGGAAAUUUUUGGGGGUGAGGUGCGGCGGUGAGGGUUUGGCACAUGCGGGUUUCAAGAUGCCCGUCGUCGAGCGAGAGCUGUUUCAGCCACUCCGACGUCCGGUGAUGCGACGACUGCUUUCUCGCCGGCCGUUUUUUCACUCCCAUCGCCGGCUUAAUCCCCUCCCCACUCUCUCCCCCGGGCGCGUCAACCCCACUCUCGCCCGCGCUCCUCUUGAUAACCACGACUCUGCCUCUAACCGUAUUAUCAACCACGUCCGCCGAGCACUUGCACCCGCCGAGCAAACUCAGAUUCCUCCUCCUCGUCACGCUCGAGCUUCCGGCGGAGCUCCCGCUGCUCUCCGUGCUGUUCCGGCUCCCGAAUCCCCUGCUGCUGGCCCGCGGCUUCAGAUCCUGGAACGCGAUGUCCGGCGGUGGCGCCGCCAGUAUCCCCAGCCGGAAAAUGCUCCACGCCGGAGAUCUCUUGGCGGAGCCGCUCCUCCGGUUGGCGCCGACCGAGCGGCGCUUGCUUGGGAGAUGGAUUCUCGGCGACGGGCUCGGGUAAGAGUGGAAUUGGUUUCGUGCCGGCGGAAAUUCGGGUCGCCCGCCGGAGCUUCCGCUGCCGCUGCUGCUGGAUGA